GCGCGCGUGCAGUGCGGAGUGCGGCCGCGGCGAGCGACCAAUCUUCAUGUUGUACAAAUAAUGUUUAGUGUUUACAAAACAAGAGGUAGCCGCGCUGCAACUGUACGUCCGCAUAGCGCUCUGCUGCGAGUGCGAUGGGGGGCUCCCGAGUGACCGGCUCGCGGAUAUACUGUGUCCUGUUCUGCACCAUCAUCAAGGCGGUCAUCAGCACGGGCCUGGGCAAGUGCCCCGUCUACCCGCCGCUGCCCAACUACGACAUACAGCGGAUGACAGGCACAUGGUACGAGGUGGAGAGAUCGUUCUACCUGGUGGAGAUAACGGCGAGCUGCACCGAGCUCCACGUGACGCUCAACGACAGAGGAUAUCUACUCAUUACUAUAAAUACAUAUAACAAAUGGACGAACAAUCCAUCGACGACGUACGGUAUGGGCAUCCCGAGCCACAACGGCUCGUCGAUCUUCCGCUACAAGCUGAACAACCGGCUGCCGUACAUCAUCGGGCGGCUGCUGCCCGGCGCCGGCCUCUACAACAUCCUGUUCACCGAUUACGAUCAGUUCGCCAUCGUGUGGUCCUGCACCAGCGUCAGUAUUGCGCAUUCAGAUCACAUCUGGGUGCUGGGCCGGCGGCGCGAGAUCGAGGCGCCGGUGCGCGCGCAGAUCUACUCCAUCAUGCAGGAGCUGCGCCUCGACCCCGACCGACUCAUCAUAUCUAAGAACAACAAUUGUACCAACACCUCAUUAAAUCAAAUAUAGACAAUA